AUGGUUAUACUAGAGGAGAUUAAUGAAAGCAGUCCCAUAGCUGAGCAUGCGUGCAGUGGCUUCUAUGAUGGCUAUGAAAUAGGAGAGGACGAAAGCGGGGCUCCCGUUCAGCCGCUGUUCGAUAGCAUCACCUUUGAUGAAUUGCUUUGGCAAGAGGAACCGACUGAAGGUGUUCUUCCUGCUGAGCCCAGUUACAUCGGGUGUUACGAUGACAUGGUUGAGGAAGAGGAAUGGAAUGAAGAUGUGCUUUCCGCAGAAGACAGUGGCAUCGUGUGUAAUGCUGACACUUCUUGCAGAGAGGAUAGGAAUGAAGAUGAUCUUUACGCAGAACACAGUGACAUGUUGUUCAUCGCUGACAUGGUUGAGACAGAGGAACCCAGCGAAGGCAAUCUUCUCAUUGAUUGCGAUGUCAUCGUGGGUAACGCUGACAUUCUUGAGACAGAGGAUGAACGCAGUCGUCCCUGGGAACAACCGUCGUUCAGGUGUAGCCCAUCUGAUGAAGAACCUUGUGAAGGCAGCUUUCCCGCUGAGCACACGGGCAUCGUGGGUAAUGCUUGCGUGACUGAGACAGAGGAACCCUGUGAAGGCACCCUUCCUGUUGACCACAACGACAUCAUGGGUAAUACUGACGUGUUGAUCGCACAGGAGCCCAGCGAAAGCAGCCUUGUUACUUGGUGCAGUGACGUCCUUGGCAAUGCUGACAUAGUUCAAACACAGGCCGUCAAGCGACGAAAGACGAAAAGGCGCAACAAGAAGAGGCGCAGACGUCCCAACUCCGAGACCCAAGGUUCAACUUCACAGCACGGAUCGUGCCAGCUAGGACAAGCCCCGGAGGACAGCCACUGCCAGCCAGAUAUGAAGUAUCAGAGCGGUGACUUCUGUGCAGACGUGUCUGACCCACCACUGCCAUCCUGUGGAUGCCCUGGGCCCUUUAACGAAGCCGUCAAGCGACGAAAGGCAAACAGGCCCAACAAGAAGAGGCGCAAACGUCUCAACACCGAGACCCAAGGUUCAACUCCACAGCAUGGAUCGGGCCAGCUAGGGCAAGCCACGGAGUACAGCCACUGCCAGCCAGAUCUGAAGUAUCAGAGCGGUGACUCCGGUGCAGACGUGUCUGGCGCACCACUGCCAUCCACGUCGCAGAAUGGUUUCCAUCAAACAUGUGGUCCUGCUUCGUUUCAUUUCACAGUAUUCCUUUGAGUAGCACACGAAAAUUAACGAGUAUUCUAACAGAAAUGAAUGAGAAAUUAUUAUGAUUUGUGAAUUAUGCUUACUUGUCUGUGCGUGGUGGUAUUUACAAAGCCGCAACCAGCUGUGACCAAAAUUCUGUCUUAUCACUCGGCGCUCUUAGUGGACAUGCAAGCGCACAAAGAUGCUGACUUUGUUAAGAAACUGGAUAUGUUAGGCCAUCUGGCGACUGAAUUUACCUGCUGCAUUAGUGCCUAGGCUGAUA